AUGGGAAAUAAGAAUGCUGACGGCAAAGCUAGCGGUCUCUUUGAAUUCACAAGCUUGAUGGGAAGUGAUAAAAAAAUUCUCAUGAAAGAACUACCUCCCAAGCUUAAAGACAUUUUGAAGCCAAAAAGCUGUAACACAAUUGUGCAAAUUUGGGAGGUUGGUAAUAAUAUUCUGAUAAUAUACUGUACAGCAUCAUCAAAUGAAUGCUGAUAUGAAUAGAUGUGAAUUUACUAACCUGUUGAAGUGACUUAUAUUUUCAGAACUUUCAUGAGCUUUACACCAUGCUUGGUGAAUCAGACCCAUCUGAUGAAUACAUUCAGACAUUUUUUGAAAAGGUAUUUUUUAUUCAAAUGUAUUGUGAUUACAUUUCACUUUAACUCUGUGUAUACUAUUACUUUAUAUAUUUUGCUGCAGGCUAAACAUUGGAUAGUCCUCUUCAACUCACUUGCUGGUGAAUGUGAAGGGUAUAAGAAGACCAACAUCACUCCGUACAUGCAUGUAAUGACAUACCACAUGCCCAUUUUUAUGCAAAAACACGGAGGAGUUAAGAAAUUUACGGGGCAAGGUAAAAUAGUACAUAUAAUCAGUAACCUUUAAUCCAGUACCAUAGUCAGUGGAAUGAUAGAAUAGCAUAAAGUUUGAUAUACGGCCACAUAGCCAAAAACGCCCCACUUGCAACAAGCUUGAUGACAACUUGCAUCAGGCUUGUUAUCAAGCGGUAUCAGGAUGCGUUCACAUGGCUUGCAUCAGCUUGAAUAUAACAAGCCUGAUGCUAGUUGUCAACAAGCUUGUUCCAAGUUGUUGAGAAGCUAGGACUUGAUGUCAACAAGUUUGAUGCAAAUUGAUUCAUCAACUGCAAGUUGCUUCAACUUGCAACAAGUCUGCAGAUGACAAGUUGCAACAAACUUGAUUUUAACAGGGUUGUUGCAAGUUAAUGAAAUUGGUAAGGUUGUUGCAACUUGUCAAGAAGUUGCAACAAGCCGGUGAAUUCGACAAGUUGCAACGAGCCUGUGGCGUUUUUGGCUGUGUAGGUAGCGGCCCCAAAUCCAACGUUUUGAGCAGCCUUUGCUCAGAACGUCGAAUCUGUUUGUAUCGUUUAGGUAGUGAGUAGAACUUUUGCUGCUUGUUGACAUAAAGUUUGAGAUGAUGAACUCCAAACUAUGUAAUUAGAGAGGUUUAUAGAUCUAAUAUUCCAGUUCCAGGGCAACUGCAAAAUCUCCUGUUCCAAUUUAAAUUUUGAACUUGAUGCUGAACUCUUACUGAAAUCUAACCCAACGAAGGGCCUCCCCCCCUACUCCGCUAUCUACACCGGUCACGUUUGCAGUUUCGUACUGGAAUCCAAACCUUAUCUAAAUCUAAACAUUAAUUGUCCAUAUUUUUCAGGAGUUGAGAAGAAUAAUGAUGUUUGCCGCAGGUUUCACUUGCAAAAAUCAAACAAGUGGAAUGCGGCAGCCGACGUAUUAAAAGUCAGCAAAAGAAUGGAUAAUCUCAGUAAGUGUGAAAGAAGAGCAACAGCAUAUUUAAAGAAAAACACGAGUUACUGGGAUGAUGAAAUAAAAGCAAAAAGGGCAAGACAGAGGCUGGCUGUUGUAUCUAGCUGUACCAAUAAUGCAAGUGAAACGAAUAGUGUUGACAUUGAUAGAAUGACAGCACUAGAAAUCAAACAACACUUGAAUGGCUUGGGUAUUACAACACGUCUUAGAAAUAUCAACAAACUCCGCGAGUUAUUGGAAAAUGUUUUGUUGGAAAUUUCCGAGUAA